AUGACGACGAACUUGGCAAAGAAUCUGGCAAUGAUUAAUUCAGGGAAUAGCAAGAAAACACAAGAACUGGUGGACGAAUUUCGCAAGGCGAAUGUCACACUCAUUGCGCUGACCGAAACAAAACAAAAGGGGAAAGGUGAACUCACACUAGGUGAAGAAGUCAUACUAUACUCAGGAGUGGAAGAAAACUUAAGAGCACAAGCGGGGGUGGGUUGUAUAAUCAAAAAACAAUUUAGAAACAAAAAUGUUUUAGAUUGGUCUGGGAUAUCUGAUAGAAUUAUGUCAUUAACACUGGAAAUAAACAAAGAUCGAAAAUACAGUCUUAUUAUUUUAUAUGGUCCUAACGAGAAUGAUCCGAAACACGAAAAAGAUUCAUUUUGGGAGAACGUCCAAAGUGUCUGCGACGAGGCAAAAUAUCCUGUCAUAAUAUUGGGCGACCUAAAUGGAAGAGUUGGAAAUAUUACAGAAGGAACAGAAGACUCGCUGGGCAGAUUUGGGGAAGUAACAAAGAAUACAAACGGUGAGAGACUAAUUGAAUUUGCUAUAAACAACAGUUUCAUAAUAUCAAACUCUUUUUUCGAACACAAAGAUGAACACAAAUAUACAAGAGAAGUUAAAAGUAGGAACGAAAAAUCAAUCAUCGAUUAUGUACUAAUAGAAAAAAAGCACAGAAAAUUAAUAAAAGAUGUAAAAGUAAAUAGAAAUGCUGAACUCGGUUCGGACCACUACCUAGUAAUAGUGAAGUUAGGAAUCCAGGAAGAGCCAAGAAUGAUUAGAACUUCCAAGAAAGCAAAGAAAAGCACGAAAGUAUAUAAACUAGCUGAAGUAGAAGUAAGACGAGAGUACCAGAGGCAGAUAAACACAAUGAUAAUAGAUUUGGAAAAUAGAGAUAGUGAUUACGACCUAGAACAAAUGUGGGGCUGCUACAAAGGGAUACUACAUAAAGCGGCAGAGUCAGUUUGCGGAACUGUGACAACAGGGGGAAGGAAGAAAAAGACCCACUGGUGGAACAAAAAAACACAAGAAGCAGUAAAGAAAAAGAAAGAUGCUUGGAAAAAGUACCACCAAGUAGGGACUACAGAAGCACAUGAGGAAUAUAAAACGUACAGAAUCAUUGCCAAAAUCACAAUUAAGAAAGAAAAAGCAAAGGAGUGGGAAGAAUUUGGGGAAAAAAUGGAGGAGAACAGAAAAAGUAACCAAAAACUUUUCUAUGCGAACCUAAAGCGAUUGAGACAAGAAGAAAACAAAUCAAUGAGUCAAAUCAUUAACAAAGAAGGACAGAUUCUCAACAACCCCACGGAAAUUCUCCACAGAUGGAAGGAGUACUUCACCGAAUUGCUCGAAGGAACAGAAAAUAAUCAAGAAGCAUCAAACUACGAUGGCACAACGGUAUCAGAACCUAUAGCUGAGAUCACAGAAAACGACAUCCACAUAGACGAAGUAACAUCGGCAAUUAAAUGA